CCUCUCUCUACAAUUAUAUAAAAACCCCAACGACCUCGAAAACUAGACGAUCAUCGAAAAGACAAAGUCACUCACUACCUCCAAACUUCCUCAAAACCAAACCCCACGCAGCCCCUCAUAAUGCCUCUCGUCGUGCCCGGCCUGCAGUCCAAAGACGGCAACACAGACAAGAGCACGCAAUGGACGAACGAGCUUGUGGGGAAGAAGAUUGGCGACUCGUCGAAUGAAACUACGUUUGCGAAAUCGAAUCUCCCCAAGGAACACCGGAUUGUGAAGGAGGGGGAUAUGAUGACGAUGGAUCAUAAGCCUGAUCGUUUGAAUAUUCAUACUUCGGAGGAUGGGAUUGUGAAGAAGAUUACGCAUGGGUAGAUGGAGGACUUGACGGGGAGUUAUAUGCUACCCUGGGAGCAUUGGGCCAAGCUUGACGAUUCAUGGUGAAUGAUGCUUUCGCUAUUCUCGCCGUAGAGUAUGCCUGUUUAUGAUUUACUAUACUUAGUCAUGCGUCGGAAAUGCUAUCAUCUUGUGCAGCCGUAACUA